AUGAAGCCGAAGAAUGGACUUGGCGGUUGGAAGUGGAAGUUGAGGCCGAGAAAGGAAAGCGGGGACGAAAUGUUUCGAAGGAUUGCUUCUUCAAGCUGUGUGUUGGCCACCAAAUUCGACCAUACGAGUGUGAAGAGGGAGGGUUCAGACUGUGUACCUAACAGGCCAAAGGCCGGGCACGGUGAGGACCAAGGAGUGGAGGUGCCGAUGAUGGCCCCCUUGCUUUCUUAUGAAAUUCUGACAUCGAUGGAACUCAUCGCCUCCUCCAACCGCUAUGAGACGCUCUUCCCAUCGUAUUGGCUGGCAGGCUGGCUGGCAAAAAGCGUGGAAAUAGCAUUCGCAGUCACUUUCAGGAAACAAAGGCUGCCAAAUAGAAUAGGAGCGAUGGAAAACAUCGUUUUGUCAAAGAACAUCGUUUUAUCAAAGCUGAUAGUUGCUAGGUGGACAGGUAUGGAUGACGAUCAGCUCUUCGAUGAGCCGACCAGCACCGAAGAACUGGAGGGAGUGGCGGGAGAUUACGAUCAAAUGUCUCAGCCAGAAAUUGGGAGACACAAGAGGACAUGGAAACCCAUUAUCCACGGGGUUAAAGCGUCUCAAGCCAGCAAGAUGAACGUAUCUGACUUCGACGAACAGCGGCAUGAAGCUGAUACGCUCGACACGAUUGAGCCCAUCGACGAGUACACCUCGCUCCUCCACCCUCCCCCAUCACCACUACUGAGACCGGAAUAUUCCUCAUCCUCAUCCUCCUCUUCCUCCUCCUCACUAUCGACCAGCACAGUAGAAGCCAUCUCGAGCAUCGUCAAACCCUACAACUUUCCCCCCCGUCAAGAUGAAGAAAGCCAGGCCACCAUCCUCACCGGCGACGACUCCCUCUAUCGCCGCGACCUGUCCCCAUCUUCCGACUUAACACUUACCCAUACCGAUGGAAACCACAAUAACCACCAUCCUCACCACCUCUCAGGCGGGCAAUGGAGGAAUAACCUGGUCCUCCUCCUGGCCGUCUUCCUCGUCAACUCCGACAGCGCCAUCCUCCUGGCCAUGUUCCGCCAGAUCGCCAGUGAUUUUGACAAGUUGACUUCAGCGAGCUGGAUUAUUUCCUCGUACGUCAUCGGUGUCAUUGUCACUCAGCCGCUGUUUGGAAAGUUGAGCGACAUUUACGGGAGGAAGCCCAUGCUUCUCAUCGCGUACGUGUUUUACAUCCUCGGUGGUAUUUUGGCCGGGGCUGGGUUUGCCUUUUGGGGUGUUUUGCUGGGGAGGGGAUUGUGUGGUGUGGGCAAUGCUGGGAUUACAGUGUUGAUUUCUACCUUGAUUGUUGACCUCGUUCCAAUCCGCGAAGUCGCCGUCUGGCGCGGUUAUGUCUACGCCAUCAACCAAGUCGGCCGGGCCAUUGGCCCCUCCCUAGGCGGCAUCAUCUCCGACACCUUCAACUGGCGCUGGUCUCUACUCUGCCAAGUACCCCUCAACACUUUUGGCCUCGUCUUCGUCUGGUGGACCAUGUCCUUUCCCUCUCCCCCCUCCUCCUCAACCUCAAGCGCGAAAUCCAAACUCAAAAGAAUCGACUUCCCCGGCUCCCUCACCCUCGGUCUCUCCAACGUCUCCUUGCUCCUCCUCCUCGACCGAAUCCAACAUCUGCCUUCGCAAGAAGAUGAUAAUAAUCUCUCUCUAAUCACCUUCCUUCAAGACCCUUACACAGUAACCACCCUUUUUCUCUGGCUCUUAUUCCUCACCUCCUUCUUACUCGUUGAAUCUCUCCACGCGGAGGAACCCAUCCUCCCUCUACGCCUCUUGUUUUUGACCAGAAACGUCCUAUCGUCCUACGCCAUCCAGUUCCUGCAAACAGUGGCGCAGAUGGCGCUGUUCACUUCCGUACCACUGUAUUUCCGGCUGGUAAACGGGGACUCGUCAAUCAAAGUCUCAAUGCGACUGCUGUUUAUCACGGUCGGGACGGUGUUGGGUGGGCUGGGCAGUGGGCUGGUGAUCAAACGGACGGGGCUGUACAAGUGGGUGAUUGUGGUGGCUGUGGUGCUGUCGGAUUUGAGUUUUACUGCCAUUUGGCUGAGGUGGAGAGGAGGGGAAGGGGGCACAACAACAAACUGGUGGGAAACGGGAUACGGGUUCCCGGUGGGUGUUGGGUUUGGGGUAAGUUUGUCGGCGGCGUUUAUUGGGUUGACUGCUGCUUUGGAAGGGGAUAAGAAGAAGAAGAAGCCUGGUGAGGGGGGUGGGAGUCAGAUCGCCGUGGCUACUUCGGGAUUUUAUCUCAGUUUGAACUUGGGAAGUCUGUUUGGGGUGAGCGGAGCGAGCUUGAUCAUCAGUUCGGUAGUGGAAAAGACACUCAGAAAAGAGUUGGAUGGGCGGCCCGACAGAAGGCACAUCAUCAAGGAGGUCAUGUCGAAUAUAGACAAGAUUGGAGAGUUGCCGGAUUGGUUGAAGGAAGUGGUGAAAGGGGCAUAUACGAGGAGCUUUGUGUAUGUGUGGUUGUAUGCGCUCGUGGCUGGGUGUUUGGCGCUCGGGGCUAGCUUUAUCAUGAAGGAGGGCCAGUUGAAGGAUACCUCUAGUCAGUUGAGUGGUCCGUCUUCUGUCAAAAAGAAGAGAGUCAGUCGUCCUAGGACGGGAAGGCAGGAAGAGCGAGAGCAAAGGAUUGGAUACAACACCUUUGGAAGCGGUGAAAACAGGGGCACCGAGGAACAGCCACAUGUUGUUCAAUCGGGCUGAAGGCGUGUAGGUAAACGGAUAUCUAUAAUUGGGCUGGUACGAUACGACGAAGGAAGGAAGACGAAGGUCGAAUUUUUACAGGAUCUAAUACGCGUAAUAAUUAGAAGAGUCCGGUAGAGAAUAAUAGUUGCUAGACUAUGUACAAAUGAAGAACUUAGGCAAG